CUGCGAGGUAACAGCCCCGGUGGAGAUACUGCAGCACUGAGUCAUGGUCCCGGUCUCUGCAAGCUGUGCGGCUCUCAGGUUCACCGUGUUGCUUAAUUAGGACAUCCCGGAAGAGUCCCGGUCCUGUGCGCAGCUGAGUGACGGGGCAGGGAGGCAGGAGGUGGGGGGGACCGCACGGCACCGCGGCAGCGCAAAGCCACGAAUCCUUCCAAGGGAUAUUGACAAUCCCAACAAAACAUCCCGACAGAAAUUCACCGCGGACCAGAGGAGGGAGGUUCGUCACCAUGGAAGGUUUAAUUGAGCGGCUGGAGCGAGCUGUGACUCGCCUGGAGCAGUUGUCCAUCACCAUGCAGCCGUCCAGCGGCAUGGCUAACGGGGACUGUGUCAACGGCAUUGACGGAGGUUUGUCUCAGUGCGUCGAGGCCUUUGACGUCGUACUGAAAGGUCCAGUGGCAGACUACCUGAAAAACAGUCGAGCCAUAGGGAGCGAUGUCGAGAAACAUGCGGAGAUGGUGAACAACGCCCUGCAGACUCAGAGAACUUUCCUCAAAAUGGCUGCCACACACCAGGAACCUGCACAGACAGAGUUUUAUGACCUGCUGAAGCCAAUUUCGGAUCACAUCCAAGAGAUCCAGAGCUUCCGAGAACGAAACCGCGGCAGCAGCCUCUUCAACCACCUGUCAGCCGUCAGCGAGAGCAUCCCCGCUCUGGGCUGGGUGGCCGUGAGUCAGAAGCCGGGUCCGUAUGUGAAGGAGAUGAAUGAUUCUGCCACCUUCUACACCAACAGAGUGCUGAAGGAUUACAAGGAAACCGACAGACGUCAUGUAGACUGGGUGCGUUCCUACCUGUCAAUCUGGACUGAGAUGCAGUCCUUCAUCAAACAGCACCACACUACAGGACUGGUGUGGAGCAAGACUGGCCCCAUUGCUCCUCCCUCUCUCUUUGACUCCCCCACCGUCCCCAGCGCUCCCUGUCCUCCACCUCCUCCUCCUCCUCCUCCCCCCGGCCCUCCUCCGGUCUUUACUGAUGAGGACUCCCAGCCUCAGGCGGGCGAUGCAGAAGCCCAGCACUCAGCGCUGUUUGCCCAGCUCAACCAGGGCAUGGACAUCACUAAAGGUCUGAAGCAUGUUUCAGAAGACCAGAAGACCCAUAAGAACCCCAACCUUCGUUCUCAAGCAACACCGACCAAAACAAAGACCCCGGGGGCUGUGACCUCGCCCAAAGCAGCUGUCCAGAAAAGACCUCCUCUGCUGGAACUUGAGGGGAAAAAAUGGAGGGUGGAGAACUUUGAGCAGAAACACGACCUUGUGAUCGAGGAGACGGAGCUGAAACAAGUGGCCUACAUCUUUAACUGCAACAACUGCACCUUGCAGAUUAAGGGAAAAAUUAACUCCAUCAUCAUAGACAACUGUAAGAAGCUGGGUUUGGUUUUUGAGAACGUAGUUGGCAUUGUGGAGAUCAUCAACUCCAAGGCAAUCCAGUUACAGGUGCUGGGAAACGUUCCCACUAUUUCCAUCAACAAAACAGAGGGCUGCCAGGUCUACCUGAGUAAGGACUCCAUCAACUGUGACAUCGUCAGUGCCAAGAGCUCUGAGAUGAACAUCAUGAUACCAGAGGAAGAUGGCGAAUAUAGGGAGUUUCCGGUACCGGAGCAGUUCAAGACUGUUUGGGACGGCUCCAAACUGGUGACAGAACCCACAGAGAUCGCAGGCUGAUUGAUGCUUCAUCGUCAUCACCACCAGCACACCAAACAUCAUCAUCAGCAUUCAUUUUAAAAACAACAUAUUUAAUCUCUCCGUCCCCGUGAUUUCAUUGGGUUUUAGAGACAUAAAAGGGAUUUUAUAGACAGGUACUAUUAGCUGUUGGUCCUCUCAUUGUUGCUGUAUUUGUGGUUUCAUGAUGUUGCUCUAGCACUUUGAAAUAGCUGAUUAUGACAAACUAGCGAAUAGGUUAUCGCUCUCUACAAAACACCCACACAAUAAAUACAUAUCUCAGGUUUAGGUUUCGCAAACCCAAUGUAUUUACCCUUUUCUUACAUUUCUGUGCCAUAGCAAUAAAAGGCAUUUAUGUAAGAACAUGUUACUGUUAAAAUAUAAGCAAUCUCAUUUUCUUCUAAUUAUUUGAUUAUAUUAUAUGAUUAUUAUAUAUCUACAUUCAUUGUUGUGUCUCAUUGUAUGAGAGUUGAAGCAGCAUUUUGACAACACAUUAUUUUACAUAAAAGGUUAAAGAUUACCUGACAAGCACAUAUGACAUUCAGAGGCCAAGCCGACAAGGAUAAUUUAGAGUGUAGGACUAGAAUAUUUUCUGUCUGAUGAAGUGUAUCUUUGUUACUUCUUUAAAUGUGUAUAGUGCAUGGUAGUCAUGUAGCACAUGUUUCACUUAAGCAAGUGUAGCACUGAUCAAUGUAUUUAGCAGCUGUCACAAUCUUGCAUAAUACUGUAUGUGAAUUAUAAUCAACCAGUUUAGAAGAAUGUAACAUGUAACUAAAUACUUGGCUACUUAUUUCUCUGAAUAUUUAGAAAUCAAGUGACAAGCACAGAAUUAAUACACCUUAAACAACUAACAGUAGAGGCAACUUUCACACUUGAGCACCCAUUUCCUAUUGUCUAUAUUACUUUGUACAUCACUCUAUCAUCGGCAUUAAAGAGAAGACCAUGUACACCACUAACUCUUCAAAACUUUU